UUAUAAAUGGUUGAUUGUGAAAUCCAGUGCUGCAGUGGUUCAGCAUGGCGCCUGACUGACAGCUGGAGCAGCUUUAUAGACUGAAUAAAUCGCUCGAUAAAUCCCUCGCAGUCAGCGCGAUCGCGAAUUAGUCACACGCGAAUAUCAAUUCAAGACCUGCGCAAUUGUGUCAAGUUUGUAAAUAGCGAGGUUUGCGCCUGUGUCACGCCCACCUUUGGGGGAAAAAAAGGAAAAAAACACCACCGGAGAGUGAGUGUGCGUUAAGCCGGAGGCUGGAGGAUCGAUCUGCCGCGUUUGUGAGGCCUCCGCCCGGGUGUCGAGCAUCUGCGCCCCGCUGAUGAUGCUGGAGCAUCUCGAGCUCAAAAACAUCCCAUUUUACUCUCAAUUUGAUGUUUGACCACUUUGCCUUUAUCCCUCGGAGGAGAAAGAGAUGGGCUCAGGUGCUGUGGAUUCUUCCCAGUGGCUGUCAGUGAAGGAAGAGACUAUUUUCCUUCACGAUGGACUAAUUCGGGUCACGGACCUGGCUGAGCUGCCCAGCGAAAUCGGCGUGUCUGAACAAGCUGAAUCCGAGCAGGAGAUCUUGACGUUUGAGACCAAGAAUCCAGUGGAGCUAGCCGAGCGUCUCCGAGCCGUCUGUGGAAACCAGAGCAACGCUUAUGCACGCCUUUUGGAGUAUCGUCUGAAUGCACUGCGUGGCCUGUGGGGGGCGCAGCGUCAGCUGGCCCUGGAGGAGCAGCAGGAUCAUGACGGGGUUGUGUCAGCCAGCGGCGGAGGGUCCGACGAGGAGACACUGGCCCUACUCAAACGACAGGGUUUACUGCAACCCCAACACCACCACCAUCCACACCACCCUCCGAUGGCCAGCGGCUCAGAGCAGGCACCAUUCACCUCCCGUGUGGGCCUGCUGUUGGUUUUCCCACUGCUGCAGUCGCAAACUCGGCACGACCCUGCGCUGUGCGGCGUCACAGCGGAGGUGUUGCUCGCAUGUCUGCGGGACUGCCAGCCACUCAGCCUGGGGAAGGAGCCCGCCGACUGUCUUAAUGGCCUGGAGAGGUUGCUGUGCUCCUGGUUGGAGGAGACGGAGGGUUCGGCACCAAUGAGGCCACUGCUCACCCAACAGCAGAGACAGAACGCAGCUGCGGCGCUAGUGGCUCUGGCAUGUGCAAGGGGCUCCCUCAAAACCUUCAUCCACACGGUCCACCUGCUGCAGAAACAAACAGACCUGGGUCAGCUUCCUGUGGCUGAUGUUCUCUAUCGACUGCUGCUUCUUGAAGGAGGUCCAGGUUCGCCCUCAUGUCUGCUGGGGGGGAAACAUAUUGUGUCGUGGGGCUUUGAGGACAUGCUGCCCACACCAGAGAGCAGCGCCGCAGGAGCCGACAGUAAAGACACAGAUCUGGGCCGCAGCCUGGCCACAGAUGGAUUCUAUCUCUACACCACGAGCUCUUUUGGGAAGGGUUUGAGCAAGCUGGGCUCCGGGCAGCACGGGACGCUGAGGGGUUUUGUGUACUGUCGUAAUGAGGAGAUGGAGGCGGGCUGGGUGGCUCACAGCAGUGGAUUUCUGCUCCACCGUCCUGCAUCAUUUGACACUAAACCUCAUCAGCUGUGCCACGUCAUCGACCCGUUCACACUGCAGGUUUCUCAGGUGUUAGCGAUGCCCGUUCAUCAUUUCCCAGUGGGCAGCUGCCUGACCACGCUGCGUCUGUGUUCUGACGGCACAUACUUGUAUUGGGUUUGGUCUCCGGUCAGCAUCAACGAGAAAACGCAGAAAGGCCACUCUGUCUUCAUGGACGUCUUCCAGUUAACGAGUGAGUCCGGUGUGUGUGUGGCCAGUCCUGUACAAGACCGGGUGAUCCUGUUGCGAAAGGAAGGCGAGUCGUCCAAGUGCUUGAAUGAGUUGCUCCUCAGCCGAAUGUCGCGCUUCCGAGCCUCGCACUCGUCCACACUGGCGGCUCUCACCGGCUCCGCCAUCACCAACCCUGUCAAAGAGGAGCAAUCGGUGGUCAACACAAGCUGUGGUCUGUCCAUCAAAACACUGAGGAAGACACCCAUGUAUGUGUGCGGGACGUCCCUGGUGAUGCUGGUGCCGACUCCAGGUGUUGCUGGGAGCUCCGCCACGCGCUCGCUGUUCGGGGGAUCCAGUGGCCUUUCUUCUCUCAAGAUCUUGGCCUCUAGUUUGGUGUUUAACCUGGCGGACGGUCAGUUCAGCAAUCGCGUGGAUCUGGUCGACGCUCCGGGAAGUUCUCUGGGUCGUGGAGCUCAGGUUGCAGGACUCGGCGCCUGUUAUGAUGCACUGAACAACUUAAUCUGGACGUGUUCGAGCGACUACAUGGACCAGUGGUGCAACCCUGGAAAUCAGGCCUUCCAUCAUGUGUGCCAGCGACUCGGCGUCAGUCACGCCAUCAGCCAGACCAAAGAAGAGAUGAUCGACACAUCCAGCGUGAUCAGCCAGCUGCUCCAUCAUGUGGGAGCCAUGUGUAUCCAUCAGCUGAACCUGCUGGCCGCCAGCAGUAGUUUACACUUGGGCACCUUCAUAGGGAAGCAGCCAAUGGAGGCCUGUCACUUCAGCUCCAUCUGUGACGUGAUGGAGAAAGCCAUGGUCAACGGAGACACCCGCAUCAUCCGCUGCAUCCUGGUCGUUUUUCAGGUGGUUUUCCAGUUUUUUAAUCCAAACUCAGAGCAGAACCGGGAGUGUGUGAAGCGCUCAGGACUGCUGCUGUGGCAGUUACUCAUGGCUCCACCUGAUCAGAUCCAGCCGGAAAUACAGAAAGAAGUUUGUCUCGCCAUCAGCUCAGGUUUAAACACCCUGUAUCAGAGCGAAUCUGAGUUGAACAACCUGCUGAAGUUUGUUUUCACAGAGGGGGAGAAGAACAGUGGUUUGUCUCAGUUACGAGACGUGAUUUUAAACAAUCUGGCUAACCAGUUACAGAAGAACCGCUUUGGUAGUGAAGAUGAUGAUCACUACAGGCUGAAGGAUGAGCUGCUGCAGUGCAUCUUGAAGACGGUGGUGCGCGAGUCGUGUCUCCUCAUCACCAAAUGUCAAACCGUUUCCAAAGAAGACCUUCAGAAGCUGCUCUCUACUGUACCUGUGGUGUCUCCCAGCUUGCGUUAUUUAAUGGCUGUGCAGAAUCAUCUGCUCAGCAACACCAUCCUGCUGCACCCGGAGGACAUGGAGGACAGCGACAGCUCCCUGCAGGGGGAAACAAUGAAGGUACAGGAGCUGCAGACGAGCAUCUUGUCUCUUGCGUUGAAGAUUCUGGUUGGAUGUGAUGAAGUUCUGGAGACGCUUCAGCAGGUGACCAGCUCUCUCAUCAACAGCAGCAUCAGCGACCGAGAGACCAGGCUCAGAGGUCUUGAACAGGUGACCAAGGCCACCAUGUUGGGUCAUUUGCUGCCGGUUCUGCUGACGUCACUGAUGCACCCGAACCUCCAAACACUCACGCUAGCAGAUGCGCUCAUGCCACAGCUAGUCCAGCUCGUCCUCUACACUAGCCAGACCGCUUUGCUGCUAAAGACACAUUCUCCAUUAUUUGUUGAGGAUUCCCCAAUAAAUCAAGGCUCCAGCCAGCCCUCAUUAAAUGACAGUUUUCAGAUUCUGGAGGAGAGAGAGGAGCCUGGCUUUCUGACGGGGCUGAAGAUCCCCGCCCCGUGGGCUGCUGGGAAAACGGUGGAAACUGUUCACCCGGUGCGGGAUAACUAUAAAUUUAAAGACACAGUGCACAUUCCUGGAGCUCGCUGUCUGUACCUGCGCUUCGACCCGCGCUGCUCCUCACAGUACGACUACGACAAGCUUGUGAUUUACGCCGGGCCGAACACAAACAGUCGUAAAGUAAGCGAGUAUGGAGGAAACACCAUGGGUUAUGGCAGCCGCAGUGUAUUGGGAACCGGAUGGCCAAAAGAUCUGGUCAAGGUGGAAGGAGAUACGGUGACGUUCUCUUUUGAGAUGAGAAGUGGACGCGAGCACAACACUCCAGAUAAAGCCAUGUGGGGUUUCUCGUGCACCGUCAGAGCGCAGGAGUCGUCUGAGGAUGUGUCUGGCGGUCUGCCGUUUCUGGCUGAUCUGGCUCUGGGUUUAUCAGUGUUAGCCUGCGCUAUGCUACGAAUCCUCUAUAAUGGGCCUGAAAUCACACGAGAGGAAGAAGCUUGUCACGACCUUCUCUGCUCCAAAUUACUGCAGAGGUGUCAGUGGCAGGUGGAGGCGAACGGAGCCAUCUCUCCUGCACUCACGCCAUCUCCGUCUCCUCUUCCUCUGACUAUCGAUGAGGAGCGCGAGUUCACAUAUCCAUCAGAUAUCCUCGCUCCGCCGCCGGGGCCCAUCCCGAGCGCCUGCUGUGAGCUGCCCCGCAUUCACUUACCGCAGGGUAUCAUGGGCCGCCUGAGGGAGCUGUCUGGACGUGCUCGGCCACAGUUUCGCCCCAGCAUCAAAGAGGUGAUCCGUCCAGACGUGAUGGAGGAAGUGAUUGUGUCGUGUGUGAUUAAACACUUGGGUCUGGUGGACGCGCUGCAGUCGCUGGUCAACUUCCAGUACAGAGAAUCUCACAGAGAAGAACACAACCUGCUCUGCAAGAUCAUGGCUGAGACCUUCAAGAAGAUCAACGCCAUGGAGAGACAGUUACAGAGCGUGGCUGAGCUGGAGCAGAAGUGGCAGAAUGAAGUAGAUGAAGCUCAGCAGGGAAAACUGGAGAACAACACUCCUUUCUUCCACGAUUAUCACUUCUUUGAGAAUAAAAUGAAGGAGCUGGAGCUUCUCUGUUCGCUAAAGGAGGUUCCUCUGGACUGCACUGAUCCAGAAAACGCUGUGAUGGCUUUGAGAGAGAAGUUUUUUCAUGAGGUGAACUCCACGCUGCAGCAGCAGAGAAGUGUUGUUCCUCUGGCUAAAACCAAAGCGCUUGUGAAGAGUUUGAUCAACCGCUCGGAGCUGCUGCUUCAUGUCACCAUCGCUCCGCAGUGCAAGAGUCUGUCAUCAACACCCACAAGCACACCGGCCUGUAAGUCGGUGUCAGACGCUAAAUCGAUGGCUCCCGUGGUGAAGCAGCCGGUGUUCCUGCGCAGCAUGUCUGCUCCGUCAGAUCUGGAAAUGAUCGCCAGCAGUGAUGUGGAGUUCACACACGGAGCGCAAAGGAGGCGGCAGCACCCCUCCAGCCACCGGAGCAGCUCAUUUACACUCCUGCAGUCAUUGGUGAUUGAAGACAGUAAAGAUAAACCCACGUACAGUGUGCUGCUGGGACAACUGUUCGCCUUUAUAGGAACCACUCCUGACCAAACCGUGUCGAGCAGCAGUUUUCUGUCCGCAGCUCAGACGCGCUGGAGAAGAGGACGAACACGCAAACAGGCUCUGGUUCACAUGCGGGAGCUGCUGACCGCUGCCGUCCGCGUCGGUGGAGUCACUCAUCUGGUCGGACCCGUCACUAUGGUCCUGCAGGGGGGACCCAGGGUGGAGGAGCUCACCUGUGGUGGGAUGAUGGAGCAGGUGCAGGAGGCGUUUGGAGAGACCAUGACGUCAGUGGUGUCUCUGUGUGCCCGAUACCCCAUCGCCUGUGCCAACAGCAUCGGCCUGCUCUGCACCAUCCCCUACACCAGGAGUGAGGAGCAGUGUCUGGUGCGCAGCGGUCUGGUUCAGCUCAUGGAUCGCCUCUGCAGUCUGAGCAGUCAGAGAGACUGCAGCUCCAACGAGAAGCAAACCAAAAAGCAGAAAGUGGCCACCAUGGCCUGGGCUGCGUUUCAGGUGCUGGCCAACCGCUGCAUUGAGUGGGAGAAAGUCGAAGGAGGCUCCACAGACGCAGUGCAUUCAGGGUUGGCUCGACAGGUGUCCAGCCUUCUGACCAAUCAUCUGGCUCGAGCGACAGACUGCUGUGGAAACCAGGCGGCAGGAAAUGAUGCGCUGCAGGAUGUGCUCAGUUUACUCAACGAUCUGUCCAGGAGUCACAUAGGCAAGACCAUCCUGAGCCAGCCUGCCUGUGUGUCCAAGCUGCUGUCUCUGCUUCUGGACCAGCGACCGUCGCCCAAACUGGUGCUGAUCAUCCUGCAGCUGUGCCGCGCCGCGCUGCCCCUCAUGAGUGUGGAGGAUUGUGGAAAUGUAGCGCUGCCGUCCUGGAGCUACUCCACAAACGCACUGGACGCCGAGCAGCAGGACGCCAGCGACCCUGCCUUCCGCAUCGCAUCUCUGCUGCUCGCCAAACUGGCCGACUAUGUGGUGCCAGGCUGUCAGACGUUGCUCUCUCCCAGCGCCUCUGAGCCGGACACCAGUCUGAGCCGAGCCUGUCCCAAGAGCAGCUCUAAGACCGACAGAGAUGCCAGCGAGGAGGGCGAAGCGGUGGACGGAAAACUCUCCAUAUUCAUCCAUAAGAGAGAAGACCAGUCGUCGCACGAGGUGCUGCAGCCUCUGCUCAGCAGCUCAGAGGGUCGACCGUUUCGUCUCGGCACUGGAGCCAACAUGGAGAAGGUGGUGAAGAUGGAUCGAGACAUGACCAAGAGCGGCUGCUGUGAGGUCAUCACUGAAGAGGCGUCCGCUGCUCUCAGGAAAGCCAAUAAAUGGGCUCAGUCGGGGCUCAUUGUGAGUGUGGGUCCGCCCAUCGAAAGCAGCGCUCAGGAGAACUCAGGAGCGACCUCUACAGGAGACAAGAAGAAAAGCGCUCAGUCCACGGUGUGUCGAGAGAGGAACGCUGAGCUCGCCCGGUCUGACCCGGUGCGUCCGUUCAUCAGUGGUCACGUAGCCAACAGUAUGGCAGCAGAGGUCAUCGCUCUGCUGCACAGCCUCCUGACGGCCCCCGAGUCCAACACUGCUCAGAUCUGGACAAGCACUGCAGAAAAGGUGUUGUCCAGAGCUCUGAUGUUCAUCCCUCAGCUGGGGAAGUUUGCUGAGAGUAUUCUGGAGAGCGGAAACAGCAGCGGCAGGAAGUUGUCCAAGCUGCAGGCCAUUGGUCGACAGGCGGUGGCGGCUCUCUGUGCGCUCGGCGGAUUCAAGGAGACCAUCAAGAUUGGAUCUGAAGUGCAGGUGGUUGGUAAAGGUGUGUUGGACAGUGUCGGUGUGGUUAUAUCCAUUAAUGAGCAGGAGGGCAUCGCCACCGUCAAGUUUCCAUCCUGCGAGUAUCGGCGCUCCAGCAAAGCAUCUGAUAUCCUGACGGUGCCCAUAUCACGCCUGUGCACGCCGCGCUCAGAGGCUCUGCCGCUGCACAAGCUUUCCAUCACAGAGAAGGUUGUUCAGGCCGUUCAGUCCAUGUUGCUGCCGCAGGAGGGCAGUCUGUCCAUACACACGUCUCUGCCGGCGUCUGGAGACGGCUCCAGUCCUGUGAUGGCAGUGGUGCGUCUGCUGGCCGAGAUCAGAACCAGAGCGUGUCUGGUGAUGGCGCAGCUGCUGGAGGACAGCUCUUUCUGUGAGGAGUUUAUCCAGCAGUGUCCUGCAGCCGUGGAGGUGCUCAACCUCAUCGCUCAAGAGUGCAGUCCUGGAGAGCGUUUGGUGAUGGUGGAGGCUCAGUGUGAGCGUCUGCGCAUGCUUUAUCGAGACUGUGCUCGUCCUCCACCACCGCCUGUGCAAACUGACCAACGGCAGCCGAAGGAGAUCACGUGGUGCCCGUCUCGAGUCUUCCCUCCGGUUCGGGCCUGUAUGUUUUCCUCGCACUUGACGUCGGUGACGUUUCUGGCUGAUCCGAGUGCAGGCGGAGGCCUUCCCAGAGGAACCUUCAUCUACGCCACUUCACCCGUGCCCAUUCAGGCUCCGUCUUUUUACUGGGAGAUCGAGAUCGUUUCGUUCGGAGACUCGGAGGACGACAGCGGUCCAAUAGUGUCCUUUGGAUUUUCCCCGGAGGCGGAGAAGAGAGACGGAGCCUGGACCAAUCCCGUCGGGACCUGCCUGUUUCACAAUAAUGGCCGGGCGGUUCACUACAACGGCUCCAGUUUACUGCAGUGGAAAAGUGUGAGGCUCGACGUGGCUCUGCUUCCUGGUGAUGUAGCCGGCAUCGGCUGGGAGCGUCUGGAAGGCACUCCUCCUCCACCCGGUCAGCCUCCCAAAGGAAGAGUGUACUUCACCUACUGCGGUCAGCGACUCGCUCCCUACCUAGAGGAUGUGGCUGGAGGCAUGUGGCCCGUCGUUCACAUCCAGAAGAAGAAUACGAAGAUUCACGCCAACUUCGGCUGCCGGUUGUUUGCGUACGCUGAAGGCCAGGCUCACAGAAACGCUGCUGAUCUCUGCAUGGAUCUGUCAGAGGAGAUCAGUGCUAACUUCGAGGCUCUGCCCUUCGCCAUGGCCUCCGACAGCGAUAAUGAUGCGGGCACCAGUGUGGCGUCUGACUCCGGCUCCCACGGGCCUCCUUGUCGCAUCGCUGCCGUCGUCACAGCACAACAGCAAUACAACAGCGAUGCUUCUUGCCACUACAAGGUAGAGCUGAGCUAUGAGAAUCUGGUGGUGUCGGGACCGAACGCUCAUCCGCCACCCAUCGCUGAUGACGAGAGCGAUGAUGAGGAUGAUGAAGACAUUCCCCGGGAGGAUCAUUACGCCCUGCUAGUGAAAGCGUGGGAAACUAAAGUGUUUCCCACCAUUCGCCGGCGGUUCAGGAACGAGGCGGAGAGGAAAUCUGGCCUGGAUCAGAUCAAGGGAGCGCUGCAGCUCGGUAUGGUGGACAUCGCUCGUCAGACGGUUGAGUUUCUGUAUGAAGAGAAUGGCGGGAUCCCUCGAGACCUCUACCUUCCAACCAUCGAAGACAUUAAGGAUGAAGCAAACAAGUUCACCAUCGACAAAGUCCGCAAAGGCUUGACGGUGGGCAUCCGCUGUCCAGAGGGAAACAACACCUGCAGCAGCACAGGAGGAACCGCUCUACCAAAGUUUGCCAUCCGCGGCAUGUUGAAGACCUUCAGCUUACAUGGAGUUGUGCUCGAUGUGGAUUCGGGUAAUGAGCUGGUGCAGGUGGAGACGUAUCUGCGCAGUGAGGGUGUGUUGGUGCGCUACUGGUACCCCAUAGAGAUGCUGGAGAGACCGCCGGCAGGAUCCCGCAGGGCUGCAGCCAAUGGCCUGGUGUCUUUGGACAGCAGCAACAUCCAGAUUCAUCGGGAGCUGCUGCGCUGUGAAAGUGCUCUGGCGCGUCUGUACUGCCGCAUGGCGCUGCUCAACAUCUUUGCGCCCAAGAGUCCUCACACAUUCACGCGCCUCUUCCACAUCCCUGCAGUGCGUGACAUCACACUCGAACACCUGCAGCUCCUGUCCAAUCAGCUGCUGGCUCCGCCUCUGCCAGACGGCCGGAUCAGCUGUAACUCUGUGCUGCUGGCUCAGUCGGUCCUACAUGAACUGCAGGGUCAGAGCUGCUCUCCCACUGAGCUCUUCUAUCAGGGAAACGCUCAGAGUGUCCGCGAGUGGCUGAGCGUGGCCAUCAGCAGAGCUCUGCAUCAGGGGGAGGACAGUCUGCUGGAGCUCACCAAACAGAUCUGCUGCUUCCUGCAGAGUGCGCCUGAGCAGUUCACGCUGGAGGAGAUUCCCAUCACCGAGUCAAAGGUCAGCAUGGACGUCAACUUCCCCGGCGCUGCGUUUGUGCUCGUCUCCUGCAAAGAGAGUCAACUCAGCUGCCGCAAAGAUUCCUCUCUGUACAAAGCUCCAUGGGCUCGAGUGAUGGUGUAUGGGCUCGGUCAUAAAGUGCGGCGUAACGGCCAGCUGAACCUGAUGGAGGCCGUGUGUUUCCCGCUGGACGCCUCUCCGUCCAACACGGGCCUCACUCCUCCACCCACAGCCAACCAGUAUCCCAGCAUCAUCAUCCCCACCGACAGAGUGCACGUCAAACUGGGUGUGUCUCCCCCUCCUGGAGCAGUGCUGGUGUUGCACUCGUUGCCUCUUGAGUUUCCAUUGGCGAUGGCCUUCGCUGAACAGCUGCUAACCUACAGUGUAGGAGAGACCGUUGAGCGCUCUGAGGAUGAGCUGGACACGGUGCCCACCUCUGUGCUCAUGCAGGUCGUGGAGCUGCUAGGUGGCCUUUUGUGGACCACAGAUCUUGCUCCGAGCAUCAAGGAGCUGACCUUCCACCUGCUUGCAGAGCUCCUCCGCAAGAUCCACGCUUUUGAGCGCCGCAAAUCCCCUUCGGGUCUCUCUAGCCACAUCACGCUGCUUCUCAACCCCUGCCUAACAGUCCUGAUGGUUCUUCAAACCGAACUACGAAAGCUUUACGACCACGAGACCCAAAGCUGGGGGUUGGUUAGCGGAGGAUCCUGCACUUCCGCAACAGGCGGCAGUGGAGCGCUUGCACUUUCUGCAGAGCGGAGCCGCUUCUCUACAUACUUCCACGCACUGAUGGAGGUUUGCCUGGCAGUGGCGGAAGUCACUUUACCGCUGAGUUCUGGUUCUGGGACGUCAGUAAUCGGCGUCCCUUCAUCAACAAGCACAGCCAACUGCAGUGAUUCCUCAUCCUCUUCUUCGUCCUCUCCAGGCCAGACGCCGCAAAGUCCGAGUUUGCUUUCAAAGCGCAAAAAGGUGAAGCUAAAACGUGAGCGCGCUGCAGUCGGCUCAGCUUCCGCCGUCUCAGGGAAAAGUGGCUCGAGAUCAUCAGAAUGCGACAAUGCUCUAUUAAACAUGAAGCCUGAAGACAUGUUGUGGUUUCACCGGGGGUUGACCUUGCUUUUGAUUUUACGGCAUCUUACUAAUAAGGACCCGCAAGGUCUUGGCGUCACCGGCGACGCUGUGGCAGACGCUUGCCAAGCUUUGGUUGGCUCGACAGCUCACAGUCGCUUGCUGGUGCUCUCAGGAAUCCCGACUCACCUGGAGGAGUCUGUGGUGCGCAAUGCAAUACGAAGAGCAUGCAAUGCUCAUGGCGGGCUCUUCAGGGAUGAGAUCUUCAUUCCAGUUCAGGAAGAAGACCCUAAAAAAGCCAAAGCGGAAACGACAUGUGUUCCUCAAGAUGUAAAGAGAGAAUGCACUGCAGGAAGCCCCAACAGCAACAGUGCGGCAAUGAGUGUCUCCAGCGCUUUACAGGCAGCCUUCAGAGCCUCCGGAGAGCCCUUGUCCAAUCAGGAGAUGGUAAACAGUCCUUCCCAGCAACAAGCACCUCUGGAUCCACUCACAGUGUCCAGUCAGGAGAGUCUGGACGUGUCUCUGUGUAGCACAGAAAGUCAAGGGAGUCUCGGCAGCCUCGGGGAGCAGGAUAGUGCUGCCACGUCAGUCUCAGAUGGGAGCUCCAUGUACACGGUGGCCUCACCUGAUGUUCAUGCCAGUGUGACGCGUCCCAUAAAAGGCUAUGCUGUCAUUGAGGUAAGGGCACGAGCUCAGGUGGAGAAGAUUCGGGCCAGUCUUUUCAACAGCAGCGAUCUGAUUGGCCUCUCCAAUCUGGAAAGGGAGGAGGAGCUAAUGGAGAUGACCAAUGAGGAGAUCCUCACCGCCUCCAGUGUCAAUCAGAGUUUAUUUGACACACAGGGCAGCUCUGCUCUGGAGGAGUACUUCCUGGAUAAAUCCAUCAGAGGAGACAAGCUGGUUCCUGGAGCUCGUGACGUGCUGACAGACAUCUUUAAGAGCUGCAUAUACGCAGAGCAGGCGCUGAGCCCCGUUCCCGUGAAACCUGUCAAAGUCUCAGACAUUUACCUCAGCAAAGAGCAGAUCAACUCUCAGUCUCCCGGAAACCUGCUACACGUGUUUUUCACACACGUUCGGCCUCCCAAAAAAGUGCUCGAUGACCAGCUCACACAGAUUCUGCGGAAAUACGGCACAGUAAAGCCCAAUAAAAACAAGCACAGCAAAGCGGGCAAAGAGCAGCACCAAGGCAAAGUGGUGAGCACAAAAAGACCCAUCACCAAACCUCCGGCCAAAGAGAAGUCCAUGCUGAACAGCGUGCGAACUGUACUGAGUGAGAAAAAAACCGUCCUCAAGCCAAAAUCUCCAGAGAAGACCAAACCCGAUGAAAAAGACCCCGAAAAAUCUCCUGCCAAAAAACCCGAAGUGCCAGAGGAGAAGUUUUUGACGCUGGAGGGUUUCCACAAGUUUACUCUGGACAGAGCCAAGCAGGAUAUCCGCAGUGUUUGGCGGGCGAUCCUGGCCUGUGGAUAUGACCUGCACUUUGACAGAUGCACAUGCAUUGAUUCCCGACAUGCUCAGAAAGCCAGCAGAAAAUGGAGCUUCGAGAUGGACUUUGCGUUGGUGCAGUUUGUGAACCGUCUCUGUCGUCACCUGGCCAUCACUCCUGCCCGCCUGCAUCCACAUGAGGUUUACCUGGACGCCAGCAAAGAUGGCGCGGAUCCUGAGGUCGCGUGUCUGUUAGGUGUCCCAGUGGAGAGUUUGCGUCUGCGCUUUGCUCUGCUGCAGUCCCUCAACAGCACGCUGGAGAGCUUCUUCCUGCCUUUAGUGGAGCUGAGACUCACACAGACCUACCAGAACAGCAUCGCCACACUUCUGUGCGAGGCCAAAGGCCUGAUAUUUUACGACACUAAGGUGACGGUGAUGAACAGGGUGUUGAACGCUACCGUGCAGCGGACGGCAGAUCACGCAGCGCCUGAAAUCACUCUCGACCCGCUGGAGAUUGUUGGAGGAGAGAUGCGCGCUGCGGAGAACACUUAUUUCUGCCAGGCAGCGCGGCAGCUGUCGUGUGUGCCAUCGUCUCAGCUGUGUGUGCGCAUCGCCAGCGGAGGAGACCCCACAUACGCCUUCAACAUCCGCUUCACCGGAGAGGAGGUCCACGGCACCAGUGGCUCUUUCAGGCAUUUCCUAUGGCAGGUGUGUAAGGAGCUCCAGAGUUCAGCUCUCUCUCUUCUUCUGCCCUGCCCGAGCGCCGCCGCUAACCGCAAUAAGGGGAAGUACAUCCUGACUCCGUGUCCCAUCACAUACGCUGAGGAGCAGCUGCUGAACUUCUUCGGGCAGCUUCUGGGCAUCGCCAUCCGGGCCGAUGUGCCGCUGCCUCUGGACCUGCUGGGAUCCUUCUGGAAGGGUCUGGUCGGAGAGGCUCUCGAUCCCGAAGCUGACCUGCGGGAAGCAGAUCUGCUCACGUACAGCUACAUCAAGAAGUUUGAGAGUUUGUGUGAUGAAGCGGAGCUGGAAGCGCUGUGUGCUGAAGUGUCGUCUCAGAGUCCCCUGGGGGAGAGUCCAGACUCCCCCAGCCGGCCCUGCUGCACCUUCACAUACAUCACUAUGACUGGAGAGGAAGUGGAGCUGUGCCAGGGAGGACGUGACAUCGCUGUCAGCUGGGAGAAUAAGGAUGUGUAUGUGCGAGCGGUGCGUGAGCUGCGUCUGCGGGAGCUGCAGAAUGUGGAGUGUAUGUCUGCGGUGCGCGCCGGUCUGGGCUCCAUCAUCCCACUGCAGCUGCUGACUUUACUGAGUCCCGCAGAGGUGGAGCUGCGCACCUGCGGUCUGCCGGACAUCAACCUGGAGUUCCUGAAGGCGCACACCAUGUAUCAGGUGGGUCUGAUGGAGACGGAUCAGCAUAUCGAGUUCUUCUGGGCGGCGCUGGAGAUGUUCACGCAGGAGGAGCUCAGCAAGUUUAUUAAGUUCGCCUGCAACCAGGAGAGGAUUCCCUUCACCUGCCCGUGCAAAGAUGGGGGUCCGGACACCGCACAUGUGCCCCCCUAUCCCAUGAAGAUCGCCCCGCCGGACGGCACCGUGGGCUCUCCAGAUCAGCGCUAUAUCCGCGUGGAGACGUGUAUGUUCAUGGUCAAGCUGCCGCAGUAUUCCUCCCUGGAUGUGAUGCUGGAGAAACUGCGAUACGCUAUUCACUAUCGAGAAGAUCCUCUGAGCGGAUAAACGGCAUCAGCGGCGGUCUGAGAGAGACCCUCACCACGCAACCUUAAGAGAUUUACAUCUUCUGCCACAAACCCCAGUGAAGGAGCGGGAACAGAACCGAGCCUUAUGCCUUUAUAAAGACAGACGGAGGGAGGCCGGUGAGUCUGACAGCAGGUCCUGAUGGAAAAAGACACACUUUUAUAAAAACAUCUACAGUACAUUACAGACGCCGCUCAUCAGCAGAUGGGAAGGAGGUGGCACUGCAACUGCUGACAUCCCUUUUUAAACAUGUAGUCUCUC